AUGUCAAAUGCACAGAAUUAUCCACAAGUUCUCGAAUUUUUGAGACAAUGUGAUCUUUUAGAAUAUUACGAUAGACUUAUAUCGGAAGGUUUUGAUCAGAUGCGAUCUUUGUUUGAUAUAACAGAAAUGGAUUUAAUAGCAAUGAAUGUGAAAAGGGGUCAUCGAAGACGUAUACAACGUGAAAUAGCCACAAUGAAAGGAAUACCGACAAGCCAACCAUUACACAUUCAAUCCGAACCAGGAUUAGGAUCAAUCGGUGAUUAUUCAUCAUCAACCACUUCAGCGUCGACAAAUCUAUCAACGUCGAUGACAAAUCCUGGUAAAAAUCUAAUUCCUACUAUUGCUGCUGCACCUGGUUCUUCUAUACCAGUAUUAAUUGAUGGUCCAAAUGGAGGCAGAAGUCGUGGUUUUGAUUACAAUAAUAAUUACGGUUAUAGUUGUAAUAAUAAUGUCGGUGAAUCAUGUGCUCGUCAUCAACCACCAAAUCUUCUUCCUCCACUUAAUCAUAGUCAACAAAAUGCAAAUAAUAAUAAUGGUAAAAGAAAAUAUAAACGACAUCCAAAAAGAGACAAGAAUGCUCCGGUAAAACCAUUAUCAGCCUAUGUGAUGUUUUCUCAUAAAGUUCGUGAGGAGUAUCAGGGUAAAAAUAUCUCUUUCCCUGAUAUGGCUAAAAUAGUUGGUGAUCGAUGGAAAUCUAUUCCAGCUGAAGAGAAAGAAAUGAUAGAGAAUGAGGCAGCCAAAGCAAAAGAAGAAUAUUUGGCUGCUAUGACCGUUUAUAAAACAACAGAUAAGUGGAAACAAUAUCAAGAGUACCUUAGAGAUUUUAAAGAAAAACAUGAUCCAAAUUGUAAAUUAUCGUCAGAUCGUGAAUCAAAUAAAGGCAGAAAAAGAUCAAAAUUCAAUGUUAAUUCGCCUGAUUCAGAUCAAACAACUAAUUCAGGUUACUCGAGCACAAGAAAUAAUAAAACUACUGGAUCUUCAACAACAACUACAUCAACUUUUGCUAAUAUUUCUUCCAAUUCCAAUGCUUCAACUUCCAUUUCUACAAACAAUUCUUCCACCAGCUUAUCACCAAAUAUCAAUAAUACUUCUUUAUCAGAAAUUCCAACGACAGGUUUUAAAGUUCUUCCAAUAGAAGUUAGUUACCAUAGUAAUUUAAAUGAUAAAGAUUCUUUGAUAAGUGCAAAUCAUUAUUGUUAUUUCAAACAACAUGAAUCACACACUAACAACAACAAAAAUGAUGAUAAUUUGCCUGCGGAUAAAACAUUAUUUAUAACAAAUUUACCUGUCGAUGCAACAGAAUUGCAUAUAAAGGAGUUAUUUAAAGAGUGUGGUAUAAUAAAAAAAGUACGCAUUCAUAAGACGGCUGGAUCUCCUGCUCAUAUAAUAUUUCAAAGCUCUGAUGGUCUUUCAAAAGCAUUAAAUAUGGUUCAAAAGAGAAGAAUAUGGAGUGCUAUAGAUGAAAAAGUAAAAGAAAAAGGAGAAAAACAUGUUCCUAAACUAGGAUUAUCUAAAUGGAUUCAAGAAUAUUAUUCACUUUAUACAGAUCCAAAAGAUCUUCAAGCUAAAAUUGAUGAUUUUAUGUUAAAUUUCGAAAAAACAGAACAAAAAAAACGUAAAGAACUCGAGGAAAGAUUAAAUAAGCCAGAUGAAGAUGGAUUUAUCACGGUGACAAGGGUAGGAAAACGCAGUGUUAACACGGAUGGUAAAAUUAGUGUGACAGCAAUUAAACCUGAAGAUGUUAAAAAUCUAAAACCAAAGAAUAAAGAAUUAGAUGAUUUUUAUAGAUUUCAAUUACGUGAGACUAAAAGAAAUAAAUUGGUGGAGCUUAGAAAGAAAUUUGAAGAAGAUAAACAGAAAAUUGCAAAACUUAAAGAAUCAAGAGGAUUUAAACCCUAUUAA